CCUUCAACGGGAAGGAUGGUCAAAGGCUCUCGAGAGUCCCUGAGGAUGUAGUGCUUGAACAGCAAAGUUGUUCAGCGAAAUGUGUCCACAGGUUGAGUGAGUUUGAGCAGCAGUAACGGCGCGAUAGUAGUUUGGUGUGCGAUCUUCCAAAUAUAAUCCGACAGAGUGCUAGCGAAGACUGUUGUUUCCAUUGGGGACAUCGGCUGCAAGCUAAUCAAGUGAUGCGAUACGGUACACAGUAAGCAGCGAAGUUAAACAAGUUUUCCGUCGUAAAAGCCAACCAGAAGAUACCUGCCCCCGAAGUGGUCGCCCGAUCUUUACGGAUUGCAAUUCAUCGAACUUAGCAUACCGUGUAGUUAGUUGGUGGCGGUGGAAUGGCAGGCGACUUUUCAGGCUGCACAGCACGGAAGAAAAAUCGGGCCCAAUCCAUCGAGUAUAAUCCGGUCAAAACGGAUGGCAGUGGAGAGAAUUCGAAGCAACCUACUAACCCCCUAACGACCCGGAGCGGUUUGCGGGUGUACAAGAUUGUCAUCCUGGGCGACGGAGGCGUUGGAAAAUCGGCCGUUACCCUUCAGUUCGUCAGUCACAGCUUUCUGGACUACCAUGAUCCUACGAUUGAGGACUCGUACCAACAACAGGCCGUCAUCGAUGGGGAAGCCGCGCUGCUCGACAUACUGGACACGGCCGGCCAGGUGGAGUUUACUGCCAUGCGCGACCAGUACAUGCGUUGCGGGGAGGGCUUCAUCAUCUGCUACUCGGUUACGGAUCGACACAGCUUCCAGGAGGCGUCCGAGUAUCGGAAGCUGAUCGCACGAGUACGGCUCACGGAAGAUAUUCCACUAGUGCUGGUGGCCAACAAGCUCGAUUUGCAAUCGCAAAGAAAAGUAACGACAGAAGAGGGUAAAACGCUAGCGAAGCAGUUCGGUUGUCCAUUCUAUGAAACGUCGGCCGCAUUGAGACACUACAUUGAUGAGGCGUUUUUCUCACUGGUGCGUGAGAUACGGCGAAAAGAGGAACAGCGGACGCUGAAUGGUGGUUCCAGCUCCGAAAAGAUACACCCUAGACGGCGUAGCCGCUGGUGGCGGUUACGGUCAAUAUUUGCACUCGUCUUUAGACGCCGCCGAAAUGCUGCCGGUAUCAAUCAAUAGGUGAGCACGCAAACACGUGGGGAAAACUGGAAUGUUUUCCGAAAAUUCCCAACCACCCUGAAAUGAAUCAUUCUCCAUUCCCGUGAUAGCGAGCCUGUUGUUGAUUGUAGAAGCACGUGUACGGUGUUCAGUUCAAUAAGUCUGCCAAUGGUGUCCCAUCGAAAUAUGCUACAAUUGUGUGCUUUCGUUUCUAUGGUGUUUCGGAGGACUGGGUAUAGGGCAGUAUGUUUGUUAUGGCUAAGUCGCUUCUAUCAACCAACAGCAAACUCAAAGUAUAGCUCAUGUUUCACCCACGAAAAAAACGCUAAAGGUUGAGCAGGAAUUUUAUUUCGAGCGCUAGAAUUAAGCUUUGCCCUUAGGACACGGCAAAUUAUGACUACUAGUCCAACGAAUUGAAUGAAUGAAUUGAAAAUCAAAUGCAACUAAUCUUGGGAUUUGUUGAUGCUUAAGAGAUUUCCGGGCAGGAAUAUUGGAAGACGCUAUUGGUUCUAUUUAUAAAACAUCUUUUCUUUUGAAAUCACAUUGUUUUGAAGAACAACCACAAAUAUGGCAUUGAAUGAUGCAAAAUAAGUAUUACGAGAAAUUGAGAGUAGACAAGUGCAACAAUGUUGUCAAGAGGCGCAGGAAACAGGAUUGUUUAAGCAGUAUUGAUCUGAAAUAGGACAUAUGUUAAUAAAAGUCAACGAAUCUUAACGAACGUUCCAAUUCACAUUACGUUAAUUAAUUUACCUUCCUAUUCCUGCAUCCGCCUCGGUACACUGUACUACAAGUCACGGUUAAACUAAGGUAGGCUAAUAAUAUCAUGCCGAGUCAUGUAAACGAUCGCACCUAGUGCAGCGUAGGAUGUUCAUAGAAUACGUAGCGUGUAUAGCCGUAGUCACACAUCCAAAAUACAUCCUUACCAGAAUAAGGCAUAGUUUGCCUUUGUCGGAAAAACCUCCUUACCAAACCUGCUGAGCAUUAUUUGCUACAGUAUCUGUUUCAGGUAAAGUUUAAAGCAACCAACACGAAGCUCGUACAGCAAAACUAUACUAAAACUAACUUAUCAAACUAAAAAAUAUCUGUGAUGUAUGCCAAAACUAUGAAAAUAUCAAUCCAAUUUCUUUCCAUUGCUGCAUUACUUUAAGUUCCACGUUCCAUUUUCUAGAUCCACACCAGUACGAGAAGUGUUAACUCUCCUACGGGUUCACAUGCAUCUUUGAAUUCUAGUUUCAACAUCCGUUAUAAAAGGGAUUUUAGUUUUACUAUCCGAUACGCGUAACGUAACGACGUGAUAAUGUAAUGAAAACAUACCAAGUGCAGAACAACUAAAUGUCCUCCCGAAACAUUUGAAUUUAAACGUGACAUACCGCUCGAUGUUACCAAUAAGAAACAAAAGGAACUCAACUGUAAGCAAACAUAUUCGAACAGGGUUAACGAAUAAUAUAUUUGUAUUAAAUAUCGUAUGCAGCCAUACAGGUCCAAAGCAAAGGUAUUCAACAGAUUGUAAGAUUUCUAGUCUGCCAUAACGAAAAGAGAUCCAAAAAUGGAAAGGUUGAUCGUUUUUAAUGUGGAUAUGGUCUUCUUAAAAUAUUUGCACUACUCCAGGAAAGGGAUGUACCGAAGGAACGUCUUGUGCUACUGUACUGUACUGUACCGUAGUAUAUCGUCUAGGGGUGGUUUAUAGCAUAAGAACUCAAUAUUAUUUAUAUGAAGAUCUUUUACGUUAAAAUUCGUACAUGUGAAAACAUAAUUUUACUGUUUCUUCUAUUAUUGUUCGAAGCCGAAGCAUGAUCCACACAGAGAUACUCUCAAUGUUCAAAACCAAAGAAUCUUUUAAACGAACAAUUGAAUGCGCAACUAUUGCGCUGCAAUCCCGGGCACAUAACCAGAGAUAAAAUCGAAAGCAAUAGCAGAUCGUGCGCAACAUAUUAUCUAAUUGAUGUGCAUACACACGAAAUGGUCAUUAGACUGUAGAAGAUGUUCUUCCCUCACCUCUUUCUCUCUUCCUCCUCGCCCUGAUCCACAGUUGUCGUGCAGCUGUUUAGAGCUUGCGUUGUACAAACUAAUAGUUUAAUAAGCACCAGAAAGAACCAAUUACCUAGUGUGACACACGCAAUAGCGAUGCAUACCGCAUCGUCCAAGAAUAGAUUGUGUGUAGGAGUAGCCGAUACCAGAACAUAACAUGUAGAUUUCUUCUCCCAUUGUGGGAGAAAUGUUGGAAGUUUGAACUUGUACAACCAGUAGUAUUUCACACGAUAUAAACAAUCAAUUCUACACCCAGUUCAGGCAGUGCAAACCCAAUCAUAUAUGUUUGAAGCAUUUAGUUAUCCUUAGACUACACUGUAUUACUUAUUUUUCUUAUAAAGUAAGUUACAAAGUAGCUGCAAAGUUUACAGCAAUUUGUAUCGAAAAACCUUCUAUCGAUUUGCGAAUGGCCAUUGUGUGUUCUCUUUGUUUGGAAAUAGUAGCCAAUAUAGCUUACUCCAGUUACAAGUUUACUAUGUUAAGGAAAGAUACCAAAAGCCAUAUCUACUAGCGUGCGUUUUUCAGUUUGAUUUCUUUCCGGACAAUCGAUCUUGCCGUUCCGACGCUUUUUUCUCGUCUACCUAUAAUCGUACAAUAAUUGAUCCCAGCGAGCGACAAUAAUUGAGAUGCAAAUACCUAUCUACGUGAAGAUAUUGCAGUUUUACAUCGGUUUGAAAAACGUUUCACUUAGCUUAGUACAUUUGUUUUCUCGUUACUGGAAUUGAUUUAGUUUUGUAAAAAAAUAUCUUUAUAUAACCACAAACAAACAUUGCAUUCUCUAUGCCAGGGGCACGAAACGCAGAAAACGGUGAUAAACAUACAUUUGUUAUGAACAGCAACAGCAAGAGUAAAACAAGUUCUAAGGUUACAUUUUUGGAAUGUGAAUUGUUAGGAAAGAAAACCGAAAAUACGAAAGUGACGUCUUUGUGGCGUCUUCCUAUAGUAAGCAACACAUGCACGCCCUGGGAGCCCGAGAGCUGGUUUGUUGAAGAAAGCAAAUGUUAUUAUAUUAACAGCACGCGCAUAACACGAUGAGAUUCAUUACGAUGCGAUAUUGGCAUGUGCCCAGUUUUACAACCAUAUCCACGCACAUACACGCAAGGGAGAAUUAUAAUAUACAGGUCGCCAAAACUGCCAGACCGUGAUUUGAUGGAUGCGCUUUUCAUAAUCCACACUCUACCAACUCAUGUGCGCAUUGAAUGACAGCAAAAAUGUCGCAACUGUUUUGUUAAAUGAAAGUCACAAAUUAAUGUUGCGAAAGGGAUCGCAAGUAUCGACCUGAGGGAACAGGAGACGUUAAAUAAAAGGGUGUGAUUGUGUAUGUACUUGCAGCCAUCAAAUAUUAACUUCCGUAGAAAAACAAUAAAUAUAUUGUUCUGGGAUACAGUGUUAA